AUGCCUCUCUUCAAACGUGGGCAAGAAGCCACGAACGAUACUGACAACGGAUAUACCCACGACGACACAGUCGCCGUUCAUCAACCAUUUGGUGAGAGAUUGUACGCUUCCAGCGCAAAAGUCGGUAAAAAGUUGGUAGACUACGAUGCCACCGAAGCAAACAGAUUAGGAGUACCAUAUGUGAGCAGCAAAGAUUGGUUGGGUGAUGUCUUUAGACAUCCAGGUCGCAAGGCUGCCGAUUACUUUGACGCACUAUUUCCCUUCACAAAAUGGAUUCUAUCCUACAAUACUCAAUGGCUAAUCGGUGACCUUAUCGCCGGUAUCACCGUCGGUCUCGUCGUCGUUCCUCAAUCGCUGUCUUACGCCACUCUUGCAACUGUACCACCAGAGUUCGGUCUUUAUUCGUCUUUCGUUGGUGUGGCCAUUUAUGCUUUCUUUGCAACCUCAAAGGAUGUCACCAUCGGCCCUGUCGCUGUGAUGUCUUUGCAAACCGCAAACGUGAUUCGUGAUGUGACGGGCAAAGCUGGCAACAUUUACAAACCUGAAGUUAUCGCUUCCGCUUUAGCCUUCAUCUGUGGUGUGGUUACGUUGGGUAUCGGUCUUCUCCGUCUCGGUUGGAUUGUCGAGUUCAUUCCUGCUCCUGCCGUUUCCGGUUUCAUGACUGGUUCUGCCAUCACAAUCGCCGUCGGUCAAGUUCCAAAAUUGAUGGGUAUCUCUGGUGUCAAAACAAACGGUCCUGCAACAUACCACAUCAUCAUUGAGACUUUGAAAGGUUUGCCGCGUACACAGAUUGAUGCCGCUUUCGGUUUAUGCACUUUGUUCUUCCUCUACUUCGUUCGUUGGUUGAUGAACUUCAUCCCACGUCGUAAGCCAACAUGGGCAAGGGCAUGCUUCUUCAUUUCCGUUUUGCGCAGUGCUUUCAUCAUCAUCAUCUUGACCGCCGCCGCUUAUGGUUGGCUACAUCGUCUACCACAAAAGAAUCCUGCCAAGCCCAAAUACCCAAUCAGUCUCAUUGGAGCUGUUCCCGCUGGUUUCAAACAUAUUGGACAACCAUAUUUGAGUUCUCAACUAUUUAGCGAUAUGGCCGGAGAAAUUCCUGCGUCGGUAAUCGUUUUGCUUUUGGAACACAUUGCAAUCAGUAAAUCAUUCGGUCGUCUGAACGGAUACAAGAUCAACCCAAACCAAGAAUUGGUUGCCAUUGGUGUCACAAACUUGAUCGGUCCAGCAUUCGGUGGUUACGCCGCUACAGGUUCUUUCAGUCGUACUGCAAUCAAGGCCAAGUCCGGUGUGCGCACGCCAUUGGCAGGUUGGAUUACAGCUAUCGUUGUGGUGAUUGCCUUGUACGCUGUUGCAGGUGGUUUCUACUGGAUUCCAAACGCUGUUCUGUCCGCUGUUAUUAUUCAUGCAGUUGGUGAUUUGAUCGCACCUCCAGCAGUCUUGUACCGUUUCUGGCUCGUCAGUCCUUUCGAAUUCUUUAUCUGGUGGGGAUCCGUUUUGGCAACAAUUUUUGCCAGUGUCGAAAUUGGUGUUUACGUUGCCGUUGCAGCUUCAGCAGCUUUGUUGUUAGUUCGUAUCGCACGUCCUCGUGGAAGAUGGUUGGGUCGUGUUCGUAUUCAUUACGGCACUUCUACCGAAGGUCCUAAUCAAGAAGUCGGUCACCGUGACGUUUAUGUACCUUUGGACGACAAAGAUGGAAUGCGUGAUCCUUCCGUUCACGUUGAAGCGCCUCCACCAGGUGUUCUUAUUUACCGAUUCGAAGAAGCUUUCACUUAUCCAAACGCAAACUACUUGACUGAAAUGAUCUUGGAUCGUAUUAAAUCAGAAACAAGACCGUUCAAGGCUAUCAAAUAUGCACGUCACGGUGAUCGUCCAUGGAACGAUCCUGGACCCGUCAACCCUUCAAUCGCUUGGGCUGCCCGUAAAAUCACUUGUGGUUUCGGUGGACGUAAGAUGCAAGAAGGUAUUGAAGAUGCUAAACGUGCAGCAGCAGGUGAAAUUGACGAUCCAAGACCCGUUUUACGCGCAAUCAUCUUUGAUUGCAGCAGUGUUUCAAACGUUGAUACCACUUCUGUUCAAAGUUUAGCAGACGUUCGCUCGGCCGUUGAAAGAUACGUUGGCGGUCAGGUUGAAUUCCACUUUGUUAGCAUCACAAGUCCUUGGAUCCGUCGUGGUUUGUUGGCAGCUGGCUUUGGUACAGGUGAAGCCAAUUCUCACGUUACUGAAAUUGCUCCUGUUGUUAGUCAACAUGAUCGCAUUCACGUUCAUAACGAACAAAGAAUCUUACAAGAACGUCAAGAAAAGGCACAAAAGGAUGAUAUCGAAGCAAAUAUCUUACCAACAGUCGGACGUAAUACCGAUCAAAUCAAAAAGGUUGAAUUUGAUUCGGAUAGUGAUGUUAAGGAUAGCUCAGCUUCUAGCAGUAUUAAUAACGGACGUACAAAGCGCACCGGUGCUGAUUACGAUCCUACCGAGGGUGCAGGAGGAAAUAGUGUUGUCAGUGUUCCAGUCAUUUGGAACCAUGACCUUACACCUUUCUUCCAUUUGGACAUCUCAACUGCUUUGGCUGCCGCUACCGGAAAAGCUGAUUGGUAA